AUGAUCACAAAAUUCAUGACCGAGGUCUCGGCCAAGUUCAACCCGUUCUCGACCUGCGCAAAGCCCGCUCGACUGUUCCUCACAUUUCUACCUCCGAACGCCCGAGCCAAUGGAACAAACAUCACAUCUACUAUUCUACCCCGAACUUCGAAAGAGCCUAGCUCUCUACGGGUGAAGUUCAAGGAUGGCAAAGAGCUCACUUUUGACUGCCAGAAGAUCAACAUCAAGGGACUUGUUGAGGAGGUGGACCGACACUCACGUCAAUUGCAGAAGGCAGCCGAUUUGACCGAUUAA